AUGACGCAUCGCUGCAUCAUUGGUUUGGGUGGCUCGCUGUCAACCGACUUUCCGUUUUUCAGAGCCCACGUUGGCCGCGCAUUUGUUGAGCAUGUCGCAGAAGCUCAUGGUUUUGGCCCUUGGCGACCAACCAGUGCAGCUUUGGCCGACUUUGCAGAGCACGGAAGUGGCAUCGUUUUGUGCAGAUUGUGGCAUGAUUCGGCAUCGGGGGCGUCAUCAGCACCGAUGGCUGCCAAACAGUGCCUGAAGUAUGUCGGGGUUCGUUCUUCCGACCAUUUUGUGAUUGCUCACGCCGAAUCACGAAGAUCGUGUGGGAAGUUUGCCGUCACGGAAGGAAUUCGAAAAGCACCGGCGUGGGCGAAGCCAGUCCUGGAAUCCGUGUGUCCUCAGUUCCGUCCAGGUCAAAAAUCCGUGGAACAGCCGUUGCGCAUCGAGUUGGGCGUUGGAGCCCCGAGCAGAACAAACUUAAUGCCGCACAUGGACCGCUUUAGCGAGUCCAGGAUGACAGCCCGAGAGGCGAACGCCAUCUUGCAAUCUGCCUUCCCAGCGGCUUUUGAAUGGCUCUUGAAGAGGUGGUUUGGGCCAGAUGCAGUCACUGCAGGAGCCGUGAUGCGGCGACGGUUUCCGCAAGAUAUCAGGAGGAAGGAAUUGGAACGAGAAGCUCAACAAAUGCAGCGUGACCUGGAGUAG